CGCUGGGCAUCCACUAUGGCUCCAGCAGCUCGGAGCUCGCAGACGUUUUGUACACUGAGGUAUCUUGUCCUCAGUAUAUCCUUGCUUGUCUCGUACGCUUCUGUUGAAGAAUCCGAGGGCGACAGCAGAGACGACGACUCCUUUGAAGACAUGGUGAUUCGGUGGAACAUCUCUCCAGACACUCUACAACGCUUGCGCGCGCGGAGGGAAGCCAACGUAAGGCCGUUUGUACCUCGCAGGGGCAAUCAGAUCCAGGGUGACGACGCCGUAGCCUUACAGCCGUACAGCAACUACAGAGAUGUUUGGAUUUACGGCAAGAAGGACGCUCACUUCAACCCUUGGGGGGGAAAGCGAGACGGUGCACACACUCUUUCAGGGCUCGACGACAGUUCCGGCCUUUGGAGUGAAAAGAAAGACAAUUUCAAUCCCUGGGGUGGGAAAAAAGAAGCAAGCUUCAAUCCAUGGGGAGGAAAAAGAGAUAACUUUAAUCCAUGGGGAGGAAAGAGGGAUAACUUCAACCCUUGGGGAGGUAAAAAAGAUAACUUCAAUCCCUGGGGCGGCAAAAAAGACAGCAGUAUUUUUAACCCUUGGGGAGGAAAGAGGGGUGAUGGCUCCAAAGACAAGGAGCUCAGUUUCAACCCUUGGGGAGGGAAGCGACAAGAUGGUCUAGGUACUAUUUUCGGACCGUGGGGAGGAAAGCGUGAGAAUCUUUUCAAUCCAUGGGGAGGCAAAAGAGGAAAAAGUGAAAUGACGUUCAACCCGUGGGGAGGGAAGAAAAGUGAGUUAGCAUUCAGCCCAUGGAAGUCCGCGUCAGCUCGCAUCAAGCGCGAUUCUACAGUCAACACCGACACGUUCAUCCAGCGUCAUCAGGAGUCAUCGCCAAGACCACUGUAAGAGUCUUGCCGCCAUCGAGGGUCAAGUGCCUGACUGCUCUGCUAGGCUUUGUACGGAGUGCCGGAACGCAGAUUUUUGACAAGCGUCACGCAGGAGUCCGCCGUUCGACGUCCACAAGUUUGUUAUGACCAAUGAGAGAAACCAAAUACGGUAGAAGCACUCCAAUAACAAUAAAGGCUUCUCUGAC